CCCAUGAGUUCUAGCUCCCCUGGACUAGCUACGAGGUUAGCUAGAUGUAUGCUAGUUUAGACCUAUAGACAGUCUAAGACCUAAACCACAGCAAUGAUCAUCAUGGCGAGUGAUUAAAUACUAAGUUUUUGGAAAAUACGAGCGUAUCUGGUUACCUAAUUGUCCUGAAAAUGUCAUUGUUUAGUAUCGCUGCUAGACAGUCAGUGAAAAGCUAUUCAUUUAACCUGUUAACAAACCAGGGAUACUCGGUAAUAAACGUGGAGAGAUACACCACAAAUGCAACGCGUCUGUUAAGCUCUCAACCACGUCACUGCAAGGUACCAGAGGUCGCUACAUGGGAACUAAUAGCAGAGGACCAGCUUCCUCCGCCUGCAUAUAUCCCUGCUGAUCUGGUGGACAAACUGGAGCGACUGGCCUUGGUUGAUUUCCGCACCAAACAGGGACUGGCCUGUCUGGAGAAAGCUAUACGAUUUGCUGAUCAGCUUCAUGUUCUUGACACGUCAGGGGUUGAACCAAUGGAUUCAGUUCUGGAGGACACGGCAUUAACACUGAGGGAUGAUGCCGUGAUGGAAGGGGACUGCGCCGAAAAACUCCUACAGCUCUCCAAAAACACAGUUGAAGAAUAUUUUGUGGCACCACCAGGAAAUAUCCCUCUACCAAAGAGGGAGGAGAGGGCCACCAUGCUGAAACACUCAGAAUUAUGACAUCUAUUACUAAUUUGUUCUCAUUGAUUGUGUAAAAUAAAAACCUGCUGGAAAAUGGGUUAAGAUUUGUUAUUUUUCAGUUUCAUUUCACAGCUGCAGUAUUGAUAAAUGUUGUUUUUGUUUCAGUAUCAUUUUUUUGAAAGUGUGAGUGAGCAGUGUGUUGGCAACCUGUGACAUGAGGGGAUUCACUGCGAUGGCAGUACAUUGUUUUAAAUUGUGAUUUACAUUAUGAUCUUUAGAGUGUGU